AAUUUAGUUUACUCUGGUCACCUUAAUCGGUUUUGUUUACGUUUUGUCGGCAUUUCAGCUUAUUUCACAACUAAAACUAAAAUUAAGCAAAAAUGUCGCAAACGGAUUUGAGCAAAAGCAUUGAGAUAAUUACCAAAACGGAGGAGCUGGCCGAUAAGAUCCUGGUCAACAAGCAGGAGCUAACUGUAAUGGACAAACGGCGCCAGCAAAACCGGGAAGCGCUGCGUUUGAUAGAAAAGUCUGAGGAGCCAAAAGUUUGGAUAACAAUAGGCAGCAUGUUGGUCAAAAUGAAGCGAGAACGAGCCGUGGAGCUGCUCAAAAAAGAUCAGGAACAAAUCAAUCAACAAAUCAAUGUGAUAUAUUCCGAUCAGAAGAUUCUGGUAAACAAACAUCGCGACGUCGAGUUCAAAUCACCCUUCUCUGGCACCAAUUUGAAGGCUCUGGAUCGCGCAGAAUUCGAUGCGUUAAAGGCCAAUUUGCCCAUGCUUUAAUUAAUACGAAAACAAUGUGUAAUUUAGCAAUCAGUAAAAUAAAUAAGUCGCAUGUGUUAUUGUUUAGCGCCGAUUUUGAACGUUUUCCAACACCAA